UUCAUCCAAAUUGGAAAAUGACCACUAAGACCUGUUGCUUCUGCGUGCCCUUGCCCACUUGUAGCUUGGGCAUCGGAAUAUUCUUCAUCUGUUUUUUCUUCUGCGAAAUGGCUUUCCUCGGCCAAAGAGGCAUUUUUAUCUACUCGAAAGCCGAUAUUUGGGAUUAUGUGCAGUCGGCCAUUUUAACGGUCGGCAUUAUCAGCUGCAUUAUUUUGAUCUGUGGGGUUUACAAGCAUAAGCGAUGCGCCUUUCUUUUCUGGGUAAUCAUUUUUGCGAUCAUUUUCAUAUUAUACAUGGCAAUGUUCAUUAUCGAUUUGGUCGUUUAUAAAUAUAUAUUGACGGGCAUACUAUUGCAACUGGCUAUAAUAAUAAUUUUAGCUAUUUCUAUUAUGGUUGUGUACACCAACUACACUCACCUGAAAAACGAAGAUCUAUAAAUUUGUCAGUGAUAUUUUUC